AUGAGCCACAAAGGGUCCAACGAAGGGGACAGGGGGCUCCCCGGUGCUCCUGGGAGCCCCACUAAGGCCUGGAGAACGGAUAACACCGACUUCAAGCAGCAGCGGCUGCCCGCCGGGGAGCCCAUCCUGACGGCGGGCACGGUGCUGCCCGCCUUCCUGGCCAUCAGCCUGCUGUUCAUCCCGCUGGGUGUGGGCCUCUACCUCACCUCCAGCAACAUCCGGGAGAUGGAGGUGGACUACACGGGGGCGGAGCCUGCCAGCCCCUGCCGGAAGUGCCUGUCCCCGGAGGCCACGCCCUGCGUCUGCGCAGUGAACUUCACCCUGGACCGGCCCUUGGAGGGCCGCGUGCUCAUGUACUACGGCCUGAGCAACUUCUAUCAGAACCACCGGCCCUACGUGAAAUCCCGGGACGACCGGCAACUGCACGGAGACCCCCAGGCCUUGCUGCACCCCAGUAAGGAGUGUGAGCCCUACCGCAGGCACCGCGGCCUGCCCGUCGCUCCCUGCGGCGCCAUUGCCAACAGCAUGUUCAACGACACGCUGCAGUUGUUCCUGGUGGCCGAGGGCCCCGCGGGCGCGCUGACGCCCAUCCCGCUGGGAAAGCGGGGGCUGGCCUGGUGGACCGACAGACACGUGAAGUUCCGAAACCCUCCGGGGGAGAGGAGCCUGCAGGAACGAUUUCAGGGCACCACAAAGCCAGUCAGUUGGCUGAAACCAGUAUACAUGCUGGAUGAUGAUGAUGGUGGUGGUGGUGGUGGUGGUGGUGAUGAGGAUGAUAACAAUGGAUUCCUAAACGAGGAUUUCAUCAUUUGGAUGCGCAUUGCAGCCUUACCCACUUUUCGGAAGUUAUAUCGCCUUAUCGAAGGGAGAGGUGAUUCGCAUCCCACGCUGCCAGCCGGAAGGUAUUAUUUGAAUAUCACCUACAACUACCCCGUGCAUUCCUUUGACGGCCGCAAACGGGUGAUCCUGAGUACCACUUCAUGGAUGAGAGGAAAAAAUCCGUUCUUGGGCAUCGCUUACAUGGCCGUCGGGUCCAUCUCCUUCCUUCUGGGAAUCGUGCUGCUAAUCAUUGAUCACAAAUACAGAGACAAUAAUUAUACUGUUGAUAUUGCUAUUUAG